UAUCAAACAAUACAUAUAAUAAUUAAAUAAUCAAUAAAAUUUUUUGAGUUCAUAAAUAUCAGUACUACUUUAAAAUUUGUAUUUAUUUAUGAAAUAGUUUAUUAAUAAAUCGUAAAUUUUAAAAAUUAAUCAAAUACUUUAAUCGUAUUUUAUUAACAAAUAUACAACUUCGAUAUAAACAUAAUGAGUGAACACUCGAAAAAAAUUUCUAUUGCAUUAAAUUCUGAGACUAAACGGGUUUCUAGCACAGAUUUUGAAAUAUCUAUACAAUGUGAUCCUGGAGAGUCAAAUAGUGUAAUUGUGACUUGUGGACGUUGCAAUGCUAGUAUGACUCAUGCAGAAUAUUUUUAUAAUCAUCGCCAUGUUCAUUAUAAUUUAUGUUGGCUAGAAGGAGAAGAUCAAUUAGAUUAUUCAGAUGAAAAUAAAGUGGCUAUGUUAUUACGGUCAAUUUUACCUAAAUUUGCUGAACGUGAUAAAAAAGUAUUAUUUACAUGUGAAUGGUGUGGCAAUUAUAAAAAAAGUGUUCAAGGAUUUGCUUCUCAUAUUAAAAUUUGCUCAGAAAGCUCUAAAUUAUUGUCAGAAUCUAAUGUUAAAGAUGAUUUAUUGACAUCUAUCACAAAUGAAGAAAAACAAAAAGAACAAGAAGCAAAGAAUAAUGUAAUGGUUAUAUGUGGUCGCUGUGAAGAGAAUAUGUUGUAUAAAGAUUAUGAAGAAAUACAUAAACAGAAACAUUAUAAUUUGUGUUGGUUAAAAGAUGAGGAUGAAAUAGAUUUUGAUGAUGAAAUAUUAACACAGGAACUAUUGAAACAAUAUUUACCUAAAUAUGCUGCACGUGAUAAAAAAAUAAAAUUAAUAUGUGAAUGGUGUGCCACUGUAAAGAAAAGUUUACCAGGUUUUACUAAUCAUUUAAAGAAAUGUCAAUCGAGACCAGAUAAAAUUAGUUUAAUAGAUGGUAAUGAAGAUAUUUGUGUUGUUAAAUUUUAUAAUUCAGACAAGGAUUCAGCUACGGUAAAAUGUGGACGCUGUAAAAAAGAAAUGACUUAUAAAGAAUAUUAUAAUAAACACAUGGCGAAACACUAUAAUUUAUGUUGGAUUGAUGGAGAAGAUAAACCUAAUUUUGAUAACUAUGAAGUUGUAUUAUCGUUGUUGAAACAAUACAUUCCUUUUAAAGUUGUACGUAAUCGAGGAGUAAAAUUAACGUGUGAAGAUUGUAAAACUGUUAAAAAGAGUCUUCCUGGCUUUGCAAGUCAUAUAGUCUUUUGCAAAAAAUCUGAUAUAGAUACUAGACUUUUACUUGUGGAAUGUGAACAAUGUAAAAGAAAAGUCAAACCAACUUCUUUAGCAAGCCAUAGGACAACUUGCUCAAAUGCUAUUGAAAAAAAGAAAAAAAAUAGUCAUUCUGUGAGAUUGGAAGAAGGAGAUAAUCUAUACUAUAGAUUCAAAAGAAAACAAAGACCUCCAAAUAUACUUAGCUUUCAUCCAGGCACAAAAUAUUUGACUGAGUAUUAUGAUUAUUCAUGCUAUUUUUGUGAACUAACUAGCAUGGAUUUUUAUAAAUUAGUUAAGCAUGUGGAAGUAUUACAUAAUAUUGAUAUUACUGAAAUUAAAAUCAACUCAAAAAAAUAUAUAACAAAUAGUUAUGAUUUGUUUAUGAAUGUACAUUUAAAACCAUUAUUGAACUAUUAUAAUUUCUUUAAAAAAAAGUUUUGGCAUGAAAAUUAUUACGAUUAUUUGCAACCAAGAAUACAGCUUUUAAACAAUACAGAUGCAGAAAAAUAUUUACCAGGUGUUCGAAAGUCAUGUAAAAUAUUAUGUAGUGAAGAUAGCUACAUUAGUGUUCAUCUUUUUCAAUCAAUAUACAUAAAUGACAUGUAUUGGCUUUUUACUGGUGGUCCUAACUGGUCUAUGGCUUGGUGUCCAGUCCCUGAAAAUGUGCAUGUUCAAUAUUUAGCUGUAUCUUGUCAUCCAAAUCCUGAUCUCAUUCAUAAGGAAAUAGGCUGUUACAAAUAUCCUUCACUUCUUCAACUUUGGAUAUUUGAUUCCUUACAUAAUAUUAUUCAUGAUUCUAAAGAUAGUAUGCCACAUAUGUCUUAUGGUAUUGCACAUGAAUUUGGAGCUGUUUGGGAUAUGGCAUGGUGUCCAUCUGGUGCAUAUGAGCAAGAUAAAAAAAUAGGUUUAUUGGCAUUAAGUACAUCAUGUGGAGAUUGUCCCAUCUUUACCAUGCCACAUGUUAUUAGUGAUUUGGAAAAGUAUACUAUUUAUAAAGCUAAACCAAUAAUAGCAAGAAAUUUUGAAUUUGAAGAAAACAAAGAUGGUGUUCAGUGCACUAAAGUUUGUUGGCAAUUAACUUCGCCAUUUACAACCCUAAUAUGUGGUUAUUCAAAUGGAUUAAUCAGCAUAUUUAAUUUAAAAAGAAAUUCAAUAUUUUUAAGCAAUGAAAUUUUGUACCCAUGUAAUACUUUUAGAGCAAGUAAAAGUAUCAUUACUGGGCUUUCUACAAACUUUUUGAAUACUUCAAUUCUGGCAACAACUGCGUUUGAUGGCAUAGUAAACUUAUGGGAUUUACAAUUAACAGAAAAUCCUAUUUUUGAAACUAAAUUUUACUGUUUAUCUGACUGUUCUUGGUUACAGCAGUGUUAUUUAUUAAUCCUUAGCUGUAAAGGUGUUAAUUCAGCGUUUUCAAAGAUGAGGAGUAUCAAUUUCUUAAACUGUAAUGAUGAUUUUCAUAAUUACAAUGAUGAGUUAUUUGUUUUAACUUCAUCAGAUAGUAAUAAUAUAGUUGUAAAUAGUGACAUUGUUAACAAAACUGUUUCUGACACCAUGAUGGAUGAUAGUUUUGAUCUUGAUGAAAAUGAGAAAAUUAAUACAACUAGUGAUGCAGACUGUUGUGAAGAGAAUAAUGAAGAAAAUGAUUACAAUAUGAAUGACAACGAUGGUAUAGAUAAUUCAAAUUGCGAUUUAUCAUCUGAACAUUUAAAUUUGAGUGAUAAUGAAGUCUCAAAUACAAAACGAAAAAAAAAGAAAGUAAAAGAACAUAAUCAAAAUAUUGAAGAAGAACUCAUAUUGAAAGACCAAGAAGAUGAAGACUUCUAUGGUCCCUCAUUUUUCCAAAGUGGUAUUCAUUGGUCAAUAACUGGUUCAAAUUGGAUGAAUUUAAUUGCUACUGGUGAUGAAAAUGGAAAUGUUUAUGAAAAUCAUUACUCUGUGGAUACCAAUCAAAUAAGAAAAAAAAAUAUAAAUAUAGUUCAGGUAUCUGUCAAAAAAAUGUCCUCCUAUUGCUCAAGUCAACCAGAAUUAUUAAACCUAAGUUAUUUUAAGGAUACUAUACAAGCCUUUGCACUUGAAGCAAAAUCUUAUCCAACUGAUAAUGAUAUUAAAGCUCACAAAAAGGAUGAUAAAUCACUAUUAAGAUAUCCGUUAGAAAAUAUUACUAAGGUUUGUUGGAAUCAAAAUUUCACGUCAUUUAGAUGGUUAGCUAUAGGUACUCAAAGUGGUUUUACGCUAAUUACACCUUCAAAAAACCUAUCCGAAAAUUUGUUACAAUCAUUUUAUGAUGCAGUAUCAACAACUUAUGAUAAUAUAUCUUGAUCCUGUUAUUUUUAAUGAACCUUAUUGUAAUAAAAUAUUGAUAUUUUA